CUUUUUCUCUCUCCUUUCUCUCACCCUCGCUUUUAUUUAUAUACUGUCUCAUCUCUGCUACCUCUUCAGUGUUUUUUCUCUCUCUACCAUGGAAGGAAAAGCAAAAGCAAAAGCAGAAGCACUUGCUAUCCUCUUUUCCUUCCUCUUACUCUCUUUCUUCUCCUUCACCGGUGCCGAUAAGCCUCUUGAAUACCAGUCUCUGGUUGUGCGUCCACUUGGUGAAAAUCCAACCACUAAGUCUCAACUUUCAUGGACCGAAACAGAGACCCAAAUCAGUACCCUGCCGGUGUCGGAGACGGACCCCACCAUGACUAUGCAUCUCGAACACAGGGAUGUUCUGGCUUUCAACGCCACCCCAGAAGCCCUCUUCAACCUCAGGCUCCAGAGGGACGCAUUUCGGGUUGAGGCCUUGUCGAAAAUGGCGGCCGCAGCCGGAGGCAGGCGUGCCGGACGAAACGGGACUCAUGCCCAGGGCGGGGGUUUUAGCAGCUCCGUGACGUCGGGGCUCGCUCAGGGCAGCGGCGAGUACUUCACGCGGUUGGGUGUUGGGACUCCUCCGAAGUACGUGUACAUGGUGUUGGAUACCGGAUCGGAUGUCGUGUGGAUCCAGUGUGCCCCGUGCCGGAAAUGUUAUUCUCAGACUGAUCCUGUCUUCGAUCCGAAGAAAUCUGGGUCGUUUUCGAGUAUCUCGUGUAGGUCGCCGCUGUGUCUCCGGCUUGACUCGCCCGGCUGCAACUCGAGGCAGUCGUGUCUGUACCAGGUUGCGUAUGGUGAUGGGUCGUUCACAUUUGGUGAGUUCUCCACUGAAACGCUCACCUUUCGCGGAACUAGAGUGCCGAAGGUGGCUCUCGGCUGCGGCCACGACAACGAGGGCUUAUUCGUGGGUGCCGCCGGUUUGUUGGGUCUCGGCCGUGGGAGACUCUCGUUCCCCACCCAAACCGGUCUCCGGUUCGGCCGGAAGUUUUCAUACUGCUUGGUGGACAGGUCAGCCUCGUCUAAACCGUCCUCCGUUGUGUUCGGACAGUCCGCCGUUUCGCGAACCGCUGUCUUCACUCCUUUAAUCACAAACCCUAAACUCGACACCUUCUACUACCUCGAACUCACCGGAAUCAGUGUCGGCGGCGCCAGAGUUGCGGGCAUCACCGCCUCUCUCUUCAAGCUAGACACCGCCGGAAACGGCGGGGUCAUCAUCGACUCCGGCACCUCCGUCACCCGCCUCACCCGGCGAGCUUACGUAAGCCUCCGCGACGCCUUCCGGGCCGGAGCAGCGGACUUGAAACGGGCGCCAGACUACUCACUCUUCGAUACCUGCUUUGAUUUGUCGGGGAAGACGGAGGUGAAGGUGCCGACAGUGGUAAUGCACUUCCGCGGAGCUGACGUGUCGCUUCCAGCGACGAACUAUCUGAUUCCCGUCGACACUAACGGCGUCUUCUGCUUCGCCUUCGCCGGAACCAUGAGCGGCCUGUCCAUCAUAGGGAACAUCCAGCAACAAGGGUUCCGGGUUGUCUUCGACGUGGCGGCUUCACGGAUCGGGUUCGCUGCCCGCGGCUGCGCCUGAACCGGGUCAGGCCAUGGAGGGUCAAAUCUCUUUCUUACCCUCUUCUCCUUUUUUUUUUUUUUUAAGUUUUUCUUUAAGUUUCAAUUUUAACCUAAGCAGCAAAAAGAGAGAAAGAGAGGAAGUAGGGUUUGGAAUGGAAGCGGAACGUGCCUCGCACGUGUGGGUUAUAUAUAUUAUGUAAGUGUAAUACAGGGGUAAUUUGGUCAAAUACAAAAUUGAGUUUACCUCUA